AUGAAAGGCGGCAUGGAGCACAUGAUGACCAGCGAGAGUCUGGCUAACGAGGAUGAGGCGUGGCAGUCCGGUUUUCUGUCGUGGGUGAGCCUCGGCUGGGUGGACGGUCUCAUGGGGCGAUAUGGGAAGUGCUGGGCCGCGGUCUUAGACGGCGACGAGAUCACGCAGGCGGCCGAGUCACACCGGGUGCAUUACCUGGCCCUCCAGCAGUACUGGCAGGAAGAGACUGACGCCCACGGGAGCGACGGUGCCAGCCUGAAGAGGGCCUUGUUCCGGCUGGUGGGCACGAAGCAGGCUGUGGCCAUAUUUGUGUCCGUCACGAUACAGCAGGUCUUGCAGCGGCUCGGGAUGGUGGUCGCGCUGGGUGCCUUGCUUUCCAUCCUGCAAGAGCUCAACCGGGAACGCGCCACGAAUCCAGACAAGGAGCAGUCUUAUUUUGGGGCGACGGUGGCCGUCCUCUGCCUCGUCUGGGCAGUGCCGAUGGUCUACCGCCUGUUCAGCGUUGUCGCGACCCUGCUGGACGCGUACUGCAACUGCAAGUGCACCACUGCCCUCGCUGGCCUCGUGUUCGAGAAGAGCAUGCGGCUGCCCGUGGGCUCCGACGACAAGAGCGACAAGAGCGGCAAUCACAGCGAGUCGUCUGAGACCAGCGACGCCGUGCCCCACGUGGUGCAAGUGCUGAACGUCGACAUCACAGAGGCCUGGCAGGGCCUGUGCCGCGACAUCGUCGUAGUCAUGGUCACGCCUGUGAUGAUGGUGGUAUUGUUCGCGUUGCUCGUUCGCGAGGCCCACUCCGCGGCCGUGUUGGGAGUCCUGUACGUGGUCCCCGUGCUGAUACUGUGGGUCGUCCUGUCCAUAUUCGCCAUGACGGCCGCCAGAACCAGCCAGGAGUACCAGGACUCGCGGCUGAGAAGUUUGGUGGAGGCCAUGGUCCACAUCCGCGUCAUCAAGAUGUUGGCCUGGGAGGAGCUCUACUUCGACAGGCUCAACAGCUUCCGAGGCUUGGAGCUCGAGACGACGAAGCGGCUCACCAUACUGUAUGGUUGUUUCAAGGGGCUCACUUUUACCGUCCCAUGCGGAAUUCUGAUAGCAACGGUCGUUUGGAUUCUGCGGGGGGGAGGUGUCGUGGGCGCACUCCAGCUCCUCAUGCUGCAGAGGAUUCUCGAGGGAUUCCUCAACAGCUUGCAGACGUUCGUCGGGGUCAUCCCAAAGAUGCUGAAGCUGCCCAACAACUUCGAACGCAUUCGAACGUUUCUCAAUCAGCCAGAGCGUCCCCAUGUCGGGGCGAUGGCGCCCACGGUCCCGCGCAAAGUGGUGGACGUGCCCGACACCAAGCAGGCACCGCUGGUGCACCUCUCGGGCAGCUUCUCCUUUUGCCAGGGCGGACCCGCAACGCUGCACGAUCUGGACGUGGUGGUGAAGGAGGGCGCGUUGGUCGGCGUGGUCGGCGCGGUGGCCUCCGGCAAGAGUGCCCUGCUGCAGGCGAUGCUGGGCGAGCUCUACCCCGUCGGGGGCGCCGUGGCCGAGGUCCCGUCGGCCGAGUCGGGCGAGGUCGCCUACUGCGCACAGGUCCCGUGGAUCUUCGAGGGCACCCUGCGCGAGAACGUUCUGCUGAACCAGCCGCUCAGCCAGGAGCGCUACCACGGGGCCCUCCACAGCGCUGGCCUGGGCCCGGACCUGCAGGUCCUCCCGGACGGCGACCAGGUGGGCAUCGGCACGCGCGGCAUCCGCCUGAGCGGCGGCCAGAAGGCGCGCGUUGCGCUGGCACGGGCAGCGUACAAGGAGGGCGCCAAGCUGGUCGUCGUCGACGAUCCAGUCGCGUCAGUGGACAGGCCAACUGGGAAUCACAUAUUCAAGGAGUUGAUCAGGGGUCCCGCCAUGGCCGGCAAGGCCAGGGUGGUGGCUUUACAGCCAGAUUCGGAGACCCUGCAGCAGUUCGACCACUUGGUGCUCAUGGAGGCUGGCCGCGUCGUCGAGCAGGGAUCGCCGUCCCAAGUUAUGGCGAGUGAACCGUUCGGCCGGCUGUUGAGUUCCCUACAGGACAGCUCGAGCGACUCAGAAGGCAAAUUGCGAGCGCCCACUUUUUCGGCAAGAGGCCGCCGCAGUACCCAGGGGACGACCCUGGAUGUCGUCCAGCGCGCGUCGGGACCGCAACAGGACGCAUUGCGGGACCAGGAAGUUCAGGAUCUCAUCGAGUGGCGCUCGUUCCUGUGGUGGCUGAGGGAGGGUGGUUUCUUUAACCUGGCCUUCUGCCUGAUGUGCAUCAUCACCCUUCGCUUCUGCAUACUCCGCCAAAGUUACAUCCUCGCCGUCUGGAUCGACAACAAGGCCGCGCUUCUUCCCGUGUCGGAUUGGAGCUUCGUCAGCGCACUCGUUUACAUCGUUCUGUUUGGUGCUGCGAUGUGUGUCCUGGACUUCUACGCUGGAGCUCGUACCGGCGUUUCAGCGGCGAAGGCCUUGCAUUCGCGGUGUCUGCACACAAUCCUCCGCGCACCGAUCGACCGAUUCUUCGACAAACAGCCUGUCGGUCGUGUGAUCAACAGACUCUCAGCUGACAUGAAGGAAAUAGACGACGGCCUUAUGUCGGUUCUGGGGACAACGUUCAACUUUUGCACAGGGGCGAUCAUGGCGCAGGUGUUCAUCAUGAACAUGGUGCCUCCACUUGUGGCGCUUGCAGCCAUUCCCUUCUACGGCUGCGCCGCUUUCCUUGUCUACAUCUACAGGGGCACCGCAGUGCCCAUCAUAUUCCACUCCAAGUUCAGCACCUCGCUGGCGCAGGACAUGCAGGAGGCGGUCAUGUCAUCGGCGGCGUCCCUCCGCGGCAACGGCAUGACCAGCGAGUUCCAGAAGAGGUACGGCAACAUCUGCACGCAAACCGUUCGCUGCAAUUACCUUGUCAGCGCCGCGGCCACAUCGUGGCUUCAAUCGCGGAUGUUCCUCUGCAUGAACAUGCUCACAGGCGUGUUCGCGUUGGGCGGGCUGUGGGGUGGCAUGCCGAUGGGCUCCCUCACGGUCGUCAUCUCCUUGUCGUUUAGCAUGAUCAUCGAUUUCGAAAACAUAUCUCUCACCUUCAUCGCGCUGCUCCAUACGCUAAACGCGCUGCAGCGCCUCACGAAGUACUUCGACAUCGAGCCGGAGGCGCCGGCACGGAUGCCCGACGACCCGUGCGUCCGCACGAGCCGGUGGCUCCGCAGGGAGGACAUGUGCAAACUGGAGCUGAAGAGGGGCGCCGAGGCGGUGUGCGUGCUGGGCUACGUGGACGGGGCAGGGGCCCUGCCCGGCGCUGCAGGGGAGCCCCCGGGGCAGCUGGCGCUUUGCAGCGGGAGGCGCCCGAUCCUCACGUCGGUGCGCGGCGGGCCGGCCCUGGCGUUCGUGGCGGGGUGCGGCAUCCGGGACCUGGCGCCCAGCCUGCGGGAGGCCGACGCCCCGGAGGAGUGCGAGGGCGGGUACAUGAUCGUGGGAGUCAACAGCGCUCGUACCGCGGAGGCGAUGGCAGCGGAGCUGUGCGACCCUCCAGAGGUUGUGUUCCUGGACCUAUGGAGCGCAAGGUACGGCGAGGGCAUGAGCGUGACGCUUCAGGAGCUCAGCGCCGGCUACUGCAACGAGAAGAGCGUCCUGCACAACAUCAACGUUGACAUUCAGCCACGGGCCAAGGUAGGUUUCGUUGGGACGACGGGCUGCGGCAAGUCAACAGCACUGUUGUGCUGCCUCCGCAUCUUGGAGCCCCGGAGCGGGCGAAUCCAUAUCGGUGAUAUUGACGCAAGGAAUUUGGGCCUCAAGACCCUGCGGUCGAUUGUGGGACUGGUGCCCCAGGACCCCACUGUUUUUCAGGGCACCGUGCGGUACAAUGUCGAUCCUUUCGGCCAGUUCCCCGAUUCGUGCGUGAGGAGCGCCCUGGAGGCUGUGCAGUUUAUGCAGUUUGUGCAGGAGGGCGGGCUCGACACGGAGAUCACGCGCGACGGGGCAAAUUUGAGUUUCGGUCAAAAGCAGUUGCUGAGCCUCGCGCGGAUGGUGAUCAAGCAGCCGCCAGUUCUUCUGCUGGACGAGUGCACGUCUGCACUCGAUCCGAGCACGCAAGAGGCGGUGCAACGGACAUUAAUGACGCAGUUCCCCAUGACCACCAUCAUUGCGGUCGCCCACCGCGUGGAGACAAUCCUGGACUUCGACCACAUCGUGGCGUUCAGUUGUGGCUCCGUCGUGGAGAGCGGCGGAGUGGAAGAUCUUCUGAAAAUCGAGCGGGGCGUCUUUGCGGGCUUGGUCAAGGCCAGCCAGCGAGGCCUCCAGAGGUGCGAGUGA